AUGGCUUCCGCUUGUGCUUCCUCUGCCAUUGCUGCUGUUUCCAUCUCCAAUCCAAGUUCCCAGAAGAAUGGAUCAUCCUUGGGAACCCCCAAAGCUUCUUUUCUUGGUGGAAGGAAAUUGAGGGUGAACAAAUACACAGCAGCAGUUGGAGGACGAUCCACCACUACAGUGUGCGCAGUAGCGGACCCUGACAGGCCUCUCUGGUUUCCAGGCAGCACCCCUCCUCCAUGGCUUGAUGGCAGUCUCCCUGGAGACUUUGGCUUUGACCCUCUUGGUCUGGGAUCUGAUCCGGAGAGUCUGAGGUGGAAUGUUCAGGCAGAACUAGUGCACUGCAGAUGGGCAAUGUUGGGUGCUGCUGGGAUUUUCAUUCCAGAAUUCCUGACAAAGAUUGGUAUCUUGAACACUCCUUCAUGGUACUCAGCUGGAGAACUGGAAUAUUUCACAGACACCACUACCCUCUUCAUAGUUGAGCUCUUUUUCAUUGGCUGGGCUGAGGGUAGAAGGUGGGCUGACAUAAUAAAGCCAGGGUGUGUCAACACGGACCCCAUCUUUCCCAACAACAAGCUCACAGGAACUGAUGUUGGUUACCCAGGUGGGCUUUGGUUUGACCCCCUUGGAUGGGGAAGUGGUUCUCCUGAGAAGAUCAAGGAGUUGAGAACCAAGGAGAUCAAGAAUGGGAGAUUGGCCAUGUUGGCUGUGAUGGGUGCAUGGUUCCAGCACAUAUACACCGGCACUGGUCCUAUUGACAACCUCUUUGCCCACCUUGCAGAUCCUGGCCAUGCUACCAUUUUUGCUGCUUUCACCCCCAAGUGA